AUGUCUGACCAGGAAACAUAUCUCGCCGUUCUCAAAGCUUCCUACGAUUAUGAACCACAGCCAGACGCCAGUGAUGAGCUGGCCAUCAAAGAGGGUCAGAUCCUCCUCCUUCUCGAGCGCACGGACGAGGACUGGUGGAAAGUCAAGUUGAAACCAGAAUCGCAAGAGGGGGAUGGGUCGGUUGGGAUGGUCCCGAAGGCGUAUAUGGACGAGGCCGAGCAUAUCUCCGUCGUCAAAGCGCUAUAUGAUUACGAGGCCACGCAAUCCACCGAACUGACCAUCAAGGAGGAGGAGCUCCUAUACGUCUAUGACAAGGAUGACUCGUGGUUGCUGGUACGGAAGACAUCAGAUGAUACCCAAGUCGGCUAUGUGCCGGGGAACUAUGUCGAGGAGGUGAAUGGUGAAGAAGCCUCCAGCACGCUUGCCGCUGCACCGCCUGCCUUAUCACAGAUCGUUAUUCCUCCAUCGCCAUCACGUCCAGUGAGCACCUACGUGGACCCCGCUGAUCUUGUAGCCACGGUCCCAACGAAAGCGCAGGCUGACGACAUUCAGACGUGGGCGAUCUCAGAGGUCGACAAGAAAGGCAAGAAGAAGAAGGGUACGCUGGGCGUCGGGAAUGGUGCCGUCUUUUUCGCGAGCGAGUCUGACAAGACACCUGUGCAGAAAUGGCAAACCGCUGACAUUCAAGAUGUGCGGCUGGAAAAGUCAAAGCAUGUUCACAUCGAUAUUGGAGGAGCCGAGCCCAUUGGCUUACACUUCCACGCCGGUUCAAAGGACAUCGCAGAGGCAAUCAUGGCCAAGCUCAAGUCCUCGCGGGCGCUCUCCACCCCUGGCACCGCCGGCCCAUCCGCUGUUGCAGUUGGAGAAACGACAGAGCCGGAGUCCCCGCCGUUGGCUCGGCGCAGCAGUCCGCAGAAAGCUGUGCACUUUGAUGCAGCUGAGCCUGCAAUCAUACCUCCAAGAGAACCGUCAGAUGACGGGGACGAAGAAGAACAGCCGCCCGGUGAAUUGGGCGUGGUGCUUUAUGACUUCGUCGCUGACGGAGAAGAUGAACUAUCCGUUGUGGAAGGCGAGAGUCUCUACGUUCUUGAAAGAGACAGCGAUGACUGGUGGAAGUGUCGGAACUCAUCCGGUGGGGAGGGCGUCGUUCCAGCGCAAUAUGUCGAGCUCGUGAACGGAGAGACGGGCGCUUCGGCAGCGGUCAUCGAGGACAAAGAUGCAGCUGCAGCAAGAGAGGCCUCGGAGCGCGCAGAGGCAGAGCGCCAGGAGAAGGCACGCGAACAGGCGGAGCGCGAGCGUGCUGAGAGUCAGCGCAAGAAGGAGGCUGAACAACGUGCAAAUGCGGCCGCUGCUGCCGCCGAGGUUGACAGGAAACGGCGCGAGCAGGAGCGUACAAAGCAGCAGGAAAAUGCUCUCGCUGCCGCCGCCGCCCCUUCCUCGGAUUCUCGCAAGAAGAAGGGGCAAGAGGAGGCAGAACGCCCAUCAUCGGACUCGCAACGUAAGAAGACAAAUGGGGACUCGCCUAGCUCGUCGCGCAAUUCGAUCGAGAGACGCGGCCCGCCUCCAGAUCGCACGCGUGUCUGGCACGACCGAACAGGUCAGUUCCGUGUCGAGGCGGCGUUUUUAGGCUUUAAAAAUGGCAAGUUGCGCCUGCACAAGAUCAAUGGGGUCGUCAUCGAGGUCCCAGCGGAGAAGAUGUCCGCAGAUGACCUGAAGUACAUCGAGAAGCAAGCGAAGAAGUCUGAUUCUUCGCGCAAGGCUGAUGAUGAUGACGAACCGCUAGAGCUACGCAGACGAUCUCUGCUACCAGAGACGAUGCGCACAGCAUCGUCGACGCCGAAGAAGCCGACCGUUGACUGGUUCGAUUUCUUCCUCAACGCCGGGUGUGAUGUGGAUGAUUGCACGCGUUAUGCAUCUUCCUUUGAGCGGGACAAGAUUGAUGAGGCCAUCCUGCCGGAUAUCACAGAGUCAACAAUGCGUACACUUGGGUUGCGCGAAGGCGAUAUCAUCCGUGUGAAGAAGGCAAUUGACCAGCGGCAGCUCAAGAAGCAGUCUUCCUCGGAUGUCACACAGGAGCAGAUGCGCCGCGACGAGGAGCUUGCGAGGCAGCUGCAGGCUGAAGAGAGCGGAUUGAACAGUGAGAAGACACGCAGCCAGCCUCCCAACCUCUUCGCUGCGGGACCAAAUGGGGCCCUCAAGAACAAUUCAAUGCGGAGGGGCCGUCCUCAGCCGAGUAAGAGCACGCCGCCUUCCAAUGUCGUCCUGCAGUCAAUUACGACCGCGUCAGAUCAGAUUCAGCGUACUGACUCUCCGCAGGUGGGCAGUCCAGAGACUACGACUGCUGUCGCUCCUCCCGCUCCAGCGCCGUCUGUGCAGCCUCCAUCGCGAUCCAGCUCGGCUGCUCCUGUUGUCGGCGGCUUUGAUGACGACGCAUGGACAAACAGGCCAAGCUCAACGAAACCGACUGCGCCCACCCCGCCGGCUGUUGCACCCAGGGCGCCUUCUGCGCCUCCCGCACCUUCUGCGCCACUUCUGCCACCUGUUGCCUCUGCAGCUCCUGCCAGUACUACCUCUCAGCAAGCUACUGGAACAACAUUAGCGAAGACCGACAACGAUAUUUUCGAGCAAUUGGCACGUCUUAGUCAACUGCGUACUACACAGAGCCCUGCGAUCCAGACCCCUCAGCGCGCUCCUUCCGUUCCUAUUUUCUCUCCAGUAAGCUAUCAGUCAGGCCUAGGUAUGGGUCCAUCUCCCGCACCUAUGGGGCAACACUUGCAGAAUCAGCAGACGGGCAUGGUACCAUCACUUCAAACAGCUCAGCUGACCAACGGUCCUCGCGGCCCUCUCGCCCCCGUUCCUGCGAAUCAGACUUUAUUGCAACCGUUGAUACCCACGACAACUGGUUUCAACAAUUUCGUACCUACACGACCGCAGAGCGCACAGCCGCCUUUUCAGACACUACCGCAGAGCGUACAGUCUCCUUUCCAGACACCACCGCAGAGCGCACGGUCUCCUUUUCAGACACCACCGCCACUACCAUCCUUCCUCCCCCCUCAACCUACAGGAUUCUCCGGUGUUAGCCAAUCGUUCUUGCCACAGAACACAGGGUUCUCAGCCUCGGCUCCGAUGUUGCCUCAACCGACGGGGUUCGUAGGCAACAAUUUCCCUUCAUCUGGACCACUUAUGUCUCAGCCAACGGGCAUGCCCAGUGGCAACUUUGGUGCUCCCACUAGUGGAAGCUUUGGAUCGACGCCUUCAUUCCAGACUAGUGGCUUUGGACAGAUUCAGAGCAGCUAUAACCCCGGAAUUGGCAGCAUGCCGUCAUUCAACAAUGGUAUCAGCUCUCCCCCGCUUGCACCACCUACUCAGUCAACCGUAGCGAACACUACACCUGCGAAUGUCUUUGCCCAAAUGAAGAGCGGGACCUUCGCUCAAGACAACUCUUCGUCGCCGCAGAGUGCAGACAAGUAUAAUGCUCUACGUGUCAACCCAUCUCCGCUCACCGUCCAGCCCACGGGCUGGGGCUUCCAAGCGAUGAACGGUAGUGGCACGUUGGGUGGAGGAUACGGUUUCCAGCGUUGA